GGCGCCGUGUGGUCGUGAUUGUGCUGUUUUUAGUCUAAUCUAGUGCAGUCCUCCACACUACGCGGGCCACUUAGAACCGAUCUUAGGAAAAUGGAGUUUUUGAUAGGCAUACAGGGCGAUGGUUUUGUCUUAGUCGCCUCAGACAUGACGGCUGGACGUAGUGUAUUUCUUUUGAAGCAUGAUCAAGAAAAGAUGUACAAAAUGAGCGAUAAACUGCUAAUGCUGUGCGCAGGAGAGACUGGGGAUACUGUGCAGUUUGCAGAAUACAUCCAGAAGAAUAUCCAACUCUACAGAAUGAGAAAUGGAUAUGAACUCUCUCCGCAUGCAGCAGCUUACUUCACAAGGAAAAAUCUGGCAGAUUUCCUCCGCAGCAGAACCCCCUAUGCAGUCAACAUGCUUCUGGCAGGCUACGAUGACAAUGAAGGGCCUGCACUUUACUUCAUGGACUACCUAGCAUCACUCAACAAGGUCCCCUACGGAGCUCACGGCUACGGUGCAAUGUUCACACUCAGUAUCAUGGAUAGGCUAUAUCGGAAAGAUCUGAAACAAGAGGAGGCCCUUGAUAUCCUGAAGAAGUGUUUAGCAGAGGUGCAAAAGCGGUUUUUGAUCAACCUUCCGGCAUUCCAGGUGAAAGUUGUCAACAAGGAUGGAAUUCAUGACCUGCCGGUCAUAACAGCAAAGUCCCUCUAAAGAUUUCACCAUGAAGAGAUAUUUAAUUUACACUGUGUUCUCUGUGCCGUCUAUGUGCACCUGCCAGUUUCUCCCAAAUCAGACAAGAGGUUUUGGAGGAUUUUGCUGUGUUGAGGAAGUUGAGGUCAAACCACUUUCACUGUACUUAGGACUUGUUACUGUUUGAAAAACCCAGUGCAAAGACUCUGUCUUGUCCAGAUCCUACCAUGGAAUGGUUUUGAAGGACUGGGGAAAGAUUCUAUCAAACAUGCCCAGGAACAUUGGGUUUAAUGUUUGGACGUAGAGGAUGACAUGUCAACCUUGAGGCAAAUCUACCAUUCUGUGAUCAAAAUGCAGGAGCCACACAUAUUCUUGUUUUGUAAUCUAUAUACAUUUGAUUUAUAUCAAGACUCCUCCAGCAAGCAUUAUGCUGUCCAAAUCCAUAUAAUGUGUGUAAACCAUCUCAAUUGGGAAUCAACCAGACGACAAGGCAAACCUCAUUAAUGCUUGCAGAAAAAUUCUUUUGUACAAUGUUGAGCAAUCCACCUCCCCAAGCAGGAAGAAGUUUAACACAGAAUUUUGUUAGGUUAGCAUUAUAUACGAAUGUGUAGUACUUCUCAAGAAUAGAAGAUUAUGAUUUAGAGUCCAAAUAAAGGAUGGAAAUAAAUGGAGCAUUUUGCUUGGAGUUUUUGUUACUUGAAAUUUGAAAUGUAUGGGUUUACAUGAGGCAUAUACAAAAUAUCCAUAGAAGGAAUCUAGGUUGUGUAUUCUUCGUCGUUUUCCUCUGAACAUUUUAAUGGCAUGUUGGGUUGACCAUUUAAAGAAAAGUUCUGCUUUCGACUUAAUUUUGCUAGGUACAGAAUGUGUACAGAGAUGUAUUUGAAGUAGAAAGUGUUUUCCCUUUAAAAAUGUGUCAAGUUGACUUCUCAAACUGUGAAAUGGCUUGCUUGUUUUUACCUCUAAAUGUGUAUGGCAAAGUAAUAAAGAGGUGACACAUUUUGUAAGAA